UGCCGUCCAUCCUAUAGGUAAAGUAGGUUAAUGUAUUAUAUUAUUGAGGGAGAAUUUGUCCGGGGCUAAAGAGAGGACCUUUUUUAAAAAAAAAACUCUUUUCUGAUACAGCUUUAAUCCUUUUACUAAUUGAGUGAUUUGUGUAGAUCUGACUGAGGAGACUAAAUUGAACAUAUUUUUAGACUAGCUAUAAUGGGAUUUAUUACUUAAACCUGUCACACACACUGGUUUCUAGUCUUGUCCUUAUGGGGCCCUCCCGUUUGGUUAUAACUUAAAGUAAUUUUAAAACAUUUGUGCAACACCUUUUAGAAUCUAAACUCUAGUUGUUGUAGGCGUAAGUUAACACUUUGUGAGCAUAAGCAUGGCUAAAACGGUUAUCAUUUACCUUAGCCUCGAUGGGAGUAGUUACAUAAACCUGUCACACACACUGGUUUCUAGUCUUGUCCUUAUGGGGCCCUCCCGUUUGGUUAUAACUUAAAGUAAUUUUAAAACAUUUGUGCAACACCUUUUAGAAUCUAAACUCUAGUUGUUGUAGGUGUAAGUUAACACUUUGUGAGCAUAAGCAUUGUUAAAACGGUUAUCAUUUACCUUAGCCUCGAUGGGAGUAGUUACUUAAACCUGUCACACAUACUGGUUUCUAGUCUUGUCCUUAUGAGGCCCUCCCGUUUGGUUAUAACUUAAAGUCAUUUAAAAACAUUUGUGCAACACCUUUUAGAAUCUAAACUCAAGUUGUUGUAGGCGUAAGUUAACACUUUGUGAGCAUAAGCAUGGUUAAAACGGUUAUCAUUUACGUUAGCCUCGAUGGGAGUAGUUACAGAAACCUGUCACACACACUUGUUUCUAGUCUUGUCCUUAUGGGGCCCUCCCAUUUGGUUAGGACCUAAAAUGAAUACAAUUAUUUCUAAAGUACCUUUAUCACAUCUAAUAGUAGGUCAUUGUAUGUAUAAUUCUACACUUCCUGAGCCUGUGCAUGUUUGAAAGGGUAAUUUGAAAGCAGUCCAUUGCAACCCCUUUUUGAUAUUGUAAAAUGUAUUGAGACCACAGGACUAAAUAAUGCCAUGCCUUUGUUUUGAUCCAAAUCCAGUUUCAGAUAGUUUGUCAUUUAGCUAACUUCAGCAACUAAUGAUUAUAUGCAUGGUUACUAUCUUAUUAGUGCAUUAUUUUUGUAUCUCAGUUCCAGGUGACAAACGGGCAGACUAAUCCAGGGAGGGAGUUGAGGACGAGACGCUCUCCUUGGAACUUUAUGUCUACAUAAGCAUCAAACAGUGACUGUGCUACUACCGAGGGAAACAAACGUUUGUGAAACGCAGCUGGACGUCAGCAGAAAGUGCUGCUGUGGAACAACACUUGGGUUACGAAAUGGACAAUCAAGAACCAGGUUCCAGGGAAAGAUGCAUUUGCUGCUGCUGCCGGUCUCACUGGGAUUACUCAGCUUCAGAAGCAGGAAGAGGUAGAAGAUGUCUGAGGGCCGGGUGGCGAUAGACAUGGGGACCAAUGGAGCCUCCAAACACCAGCCUGCAGGUUUGGGCCAGCAGCGGCGCGGCGCCACCGUUAGCUUCCACAACAUCGACUACAAAGUGACCGUCGGAGGAAACUGCCUGUGUCGGAAGAAAGGGACGAUCAAAGAAAUCCUCAUCGACUUAAAUGGCCUCAUGAAGCCGGGACUGAACGCCAUCAUGGGAGCAACAGGAAGUGGGAAAUCAUCGUUUCUGGACGUGUUGGCGGCGAGGAAGGACCCGGCCGGGCUCUCCGGAGAGGUUCUGAUCGACGGAGCUCACCAGCCUCCAAACUUCAAGUGUCUGUCGGGAUACGUGGUGCAGGACGACGUGGUGAUGGGUACUCUGACCGUCAGAGAGAACUUCACCUUCUCGGCGGCGCUCCGGCUGCCGGCCUCCGUCUCUCAGGAGGAGAAGGAGCAGAAAGUGGAGAAGCUGAUCCAGGAGCUGGGGCUCGGACGGGUGGCCGACUCCAGGGUGGGCACUCAGCUGAUCCGGGGUAUUUCGGGGGGAGAGAGGAAGAGGACGAACAUCGGCAUGGAGCUGAUCAUCGACCCCCCCGUCCUCUUCCUGGACGAACCCACUACUGGGCUGGAUGCUAGCACCGCUAACUCUGUACUGCUGCUGCUGAAGAGGAUGGCUAACAGCGGGCGCACCAUCAUCCUCUCCAUCCACCAGCCCAGAUACUCAAUCUACCGUCUGUUCGACAGCCUCACGCUGCUGGUGCACGGGAAACAGGUGUACCACGGCUCGGCUCAGACCGCUCUGGACUACUUCUCUGAAAUCGGGUACACCUGUGAGCCCCACAACAACCCGGCUGACUUCUUCCUGGACAUCAUCAACGGAGACUCCAGCGCUGCGGCUCUGGCCCAGAACAACAGAGAAGACUCUGACGUGUCGUCCUCGUCGAUGCAGGGGAUUGAAGAUAAUCUGGUGCAGGAAUACAGGAAGUGCAGUCAAUACAGAGAGACCAGAGCAGAGCUGGAGAGGAUAACGGAGGGUAAGAAGUCUUCCUCCUCUUCCUCUCGCUCCAGAACCAUCACCUAUAAGACCGGUUUCUUCACUCAGUUCAGAUGGGUUCUCAAGAGAACCUUCCAGAACCUCCUGUUGAACCCGCAGACCUCCUUCGCUCAGAUAGGAGUCACUCUGUUCCUCGCUCUGAUCGUCGGAUUCAUUUUCUUCGGAGUGAAGAACGAUGCGAGUGGACUUCAGAACAGGAUGGGCGCCCUCUUCUUCGUGACAAUAAAUCAGUGUUUCAGCUCGCUGUCGUCUGCAGAGCUCUUCAUCGCAGAGAGGAAACUUUUCAUUCACGAGUACAUCAGCGGGUAUUACCGUGUGUCGGUGUACUUCCUGUGUAAGAUGCUGUCAGACAUCAUCGCUCUGAGGACGAUCCCUGCCAUCGUGUUCAGCUGCGUCUCCUACUUCAUGAUCGGUCUGAAGCCCACGGUGGCGGCCUUCUUCACCUUCAUGUUCUCCGUCACCAUGGUGGCCUACACAGCCACCGCCAUGGCGCUCGCUAUCUCCGCCGACCAGACGGUGGUCGCCAUCGCCAACAUCUUCAUGACCAUCGCCUGCGUCUUCAUGAUGAUCUUCGCCGGUCUUCUCGUCAAUCUUCCCUCCAUCGCCAGCUGGCUCGCAUGGCUCAAAUACUUCAGCAUCCCACGAUAUGGCCUCGCUGCUCUGCAGAUUAACGAGUUCACAGGUCUGAAGUUCUGCGGCGGCAUCAACACAACAAAAAUCCCCCCGGGGAUCGCGUGUACAGGGGAGGAGUUUCUGGACAAUCAGGGUGUUGAUUGGUCCACUUGGGGUCUCUGGCAGAACCACGUGGCUCUGGGCGUCAUGACCUUCUGCUUCCUGACCAUCGCCUACCUCAAACUGCGCUUCAUCCGGAAGUUCACCUAGACCUCCAUCUUCUUCAUCUUCAUCACCUUCAUCAUCCCUGUGAUACCUGUCUGUACAGCUCUCAGUUAAAAUUGCAGUUUAAAUAUCUGUUUCUUACGUGGCGAGUAUAUAUAUAUCUAUAUUUUGUUUCACUCCUUACUAACGGCGCAGUCUUCAAUGCAUUUUAAUGAUAAACUGUGAUUUAUUGAUUUCUCUCUUUUUGCACUUUAAAGUUCAAGAGCCAAAGAAGUAAUUCAACACAAAUGCAAGAGUGUUAUAUUUAUACAUGUGUACAAAAUAAAAUACUGAAUUUGAAAUAUGAAUCUAAUUUAUUUUAGUUAUUAAUAAUAUUUUCAAAAAAUGAUCUGGAAAAAAAAUUGAAAUCUGAACAAAAGUGCAUUUUUAGGGAAUUCGAAGAAAGUCAGAAUUCUGAGAUAUUUUUAGAAAAUAAACAUUUUAAGGUUUUGGUAAAUAAUAAUCAGACUUAGAGAAUAACAUUUCUUCGAUGCCUCUCAGGGCCUCAUUUCCAUCCGUAGAGCCUGACAAACAAAGCGCCUUUUGUUUAGAUAGGACAAGAUAAUGAAAGAGGAUCAAGGACACACGCACACAC